CUUUCUCCACGGCCAAUAAACCGAUAAAUCAACAAUCAGUCGACACGGUAUAGCUUUCCCUUUCGCAUCCCAAGCUUGAAGCCUCCUGCACCUCUGCAAAGAAUAUAUGGGUGAAGUCAUUCUCUCUGCCUUGGUGCAGGUGUUGCUCAAGAAAUCCACAUCCCACAUCCUUCAUCAAUAUGGAGAGAUGUGGGGCUCCAGUCUCCAUAAGGAAGAACGAAGCGCUGAAAAAAUGGAUGGCAGAUCUCAAGGAUGCAGCCUAUGAUGCUGACGACAUACUGGACGAGUUCAACUACGAAGUUCUGCGGCGGCAGAGGGGGGAGAUCCCAGAUCGCAUGAAAAAGAAGGUAUGGGACUUCUUCUCUUUCCGUAAUCCUAACGUAUUUCGAAUUAAAAUGAUCAACAAGAUUAAAGAGAUCGUGGGGAGAUUGGAUAACAUUGCAGCGGAGAAAUCUAAGUUUCAUCUGACAGAAAUCGGUCAGGCGGAUAGGCAGAGACCGCAGACUCACUCUUUUGUCAAUGAGUCACAGAUCAUUGGAAGAGAGAAAGACAAGAAGAAGACCGUAGAGUCGCUCAUGAGUCGAGCUGGCAGGAGCGAUGUUUCGGUCCUUCCAAUAGUUGGAAUAGGUGGCCUCGGGAAGACGACGCUAGCACAGCUGGUGUACAAUGAAAUAACGGCUGCAGAGCAUUUUGAGCAGCGCAUGUGGGUCUGCGUGUCAGAGGAUUUUGAUAUCAAAAAGCAUCGUCAAGACAAUUAUGGAAUCAGCAACAGGGUAAGAAUGCUGAUUUUUCGACAUCCAUGGGAAGAAUUAAAAGAAUUGUUAACUGCUGGAGCUGAAGGAAGUUGCGUUAUUGUGACAACUUGCAGUACAAAGUGUUGUUUCAUCUAUUAUCGGCACACUCGAUGCUUAUGAACUGAAACAUGUCCCAGGAUGAAUGUUGAAGCUUGUUCGAAAGGAACGCAUUUUCUGAGGGCGGUGCGGAUAAGUCCGCAAAUCUAAUACAUAUUGGAAAGGCCAUUGUUGAGAGGUGUGGAGGCCUACCCUUGGCCGCAAAGAUGCUAGGGAGAUCAAUGCGCACGAUGAGGGAGGGGCGGGGGUGGAGGUCCGUGAUGGAAAGCAAAAUUUGGGACAUAAAAGAUGACAAGAUCCUCCUUUCAUUGAAGUUGAGCUAUAAUCACUUGCAUUCUCAUAUGAAACAAUGUUUUGCCUAUUGUGCCACAUUCCCAAAAGAUUAUGAAAUCGAUAAAGAGAUGCUGAUCCAAUUGUGGAUGGCUAAUGGAUUUAUACCAUUUGAUCCGGAGAAGGACAUAGAAUUGAAAGGCCAUGAGAUUUUCAACGAGCUAUCGUCAAGGUCCCUCUUCCAAGACAUCGAGGAAUUUCGACAGGGCAUUAUCACAUUUAGGAUGCAUGACCUCAUUCAUGACCUUGCACAAUCUGUUAUUGGGAAUGAAUGUUGCAUUCUUGAAAAGCCUAGAAGCAUUUCAAAUACAACACUUCGGCAUUUGUCUGUAACCAUGCAUGAUCCUAAAAUUUCAAGUAUGGAGAAGGUGCAUACAUUUAAUACUCUCCGGACGCUAUUGCUGUUGAGGGACUGGGAAAGUGAUUUUGAUCUAUCCCAUAUCAGUUGGGAAGAAACCAAGCUGCGGGCACUUGGCUUACGGGGAGCUAUGAUAUAUGACUUUCCUAUUUCAAGACUCCAUGUAAAGCAUGUGAGAUACCUUGACCUCUCGAAAACUAAUAUUAGUACAUUACCUGAGGCUACAUCCAAUCUUCUGAACUUGCAGACACUGAACCUCUCCUAUUGUGACUAUCUUCAACAGCUACCCAAAGGCAUCAGAAAGAUGAGCAGUCUUAGGCAUCUUUAUCUUCAUGGUUGCAUAAGAUUAGAAAGCAUGCCUAGAGGGAUAGGGGAAUUGAAGUGCCUCCAUACGCUCACAGCAUACCCAGUAGGGAAUGAGAUUGAAAGCGGAAGUAUCAAAGAGCUGAAGGACUUGUGCAUCGGAGGCAUGCUUGAACUUUAUCGCCUUAAGAAUGUGAGGAGUGUAGCAGAAAGCUGAAGCAGCCAAUUUAGGUUCCAAGCAUGAUCUUCAGUAUUUGAGAUUGGACUGGUGGUUUGAAUCAGAUAUUGAAUUAAUAGAGGAGAACACAGAGAAGGUAUUACAAGUCCUUCAACCUCCUCAAGGCUUAAAAUGGCUUAGGAUAUCACACUACCCAGGUAAAAUAUUUCCUACAUGGCUAGGGAGCCUCACAACACUCGUGAAUCUUCAACUUCGAGAUCUCCCAAAUCUCUCCUUUCUGCCUGAAGGGAUGGAAGGCCUCGAAGCACUCAAGGAAUUGGCAAUUCUUCGUUGCCCUAACUUGAUCUCACUGCCUACAGGACUGCAACAGCAUCUCCCCAGCCUCAAAACACCUGUAUGUAAGAGGCUGUCCGGAACUAGAGAGAAGAUGCGAGACCGGAGGAGAGUAUUGGGCUCUCGUUUCAUGUAUCCCAGAUUGUUUAGUUGGUUUUAUAUAAUAAUCGUGCCGAUGAUAGUGCAAUUACCAAUAAUUUAAUAUUAUUGAUGAAAAGAAAUUGUACGCUUUUUUUUAUAGUA